AUGAGGCAUACUGAUCGGGGUGCUCACCAGGAUGCGGCGGAAGCAGCAGGACGGACGACGGCGCCACUGCUCGCGAAGUCGCGGAAUCGAUGGAGAUCGGCGCAGGGCGGCGGGUGGGCGAGCUCGCGAGGAGACGAGACGGGAGUCGACGCCGAGCACCAGGGCCGCACAAUGAUUUUGGCUGGAUUUUUACAUUUCGAGUUUUUUUUCCUAACCAAUUAUGUCAAUUUCAAAUCAUCAUGUGUCCAAUGCGUUCAUGCCACUGGCCACCUCACCGGUGUUUGCAAAAUCACCGGAGAAAGCCGCACCGCCACGCCAUUGCCGGCGGCCGUGCCAGACCUGUCCCUCUCCUCCCCGGCAUGUCCGGCGGCACCGGCGAGCGUCACCAGCAGCGCCGUCACGGAUGUCGCCAGAGUGCAGCGGCGGCGGCAGCAGCAGCAGCAGCAGGCGGUGCAACGGAAGGCCAGGCGAUGCUGGUCGCCGGAGCUCCACCGCCGGUUCGUCGCCACGCUCCAGCGCCUCGACGGCCCACAAGCUGCAACUCCUAAACAGAUUAGGCUGAUGAAGGUUGAUGGUCUCACUGAUGAUGAAGUCAAAAGCCACCUGCAGAAGUACUGGCUGCACACGCGGCGGGCAUCCGACUGCGGUGGUGACAGCGGCGGUCUGUGGACGCCGCCACCGGAGCAAUACACCACCUUGCAGCACAACACGUCGCAGUCCGGCUCACUGCAGGUCCCUGCACUCACCGUGUCGUCGAGCCACGCCGUGUCGGUGACCGCUGGUGAUAGCUGCGACGGCGGCGAGGAGGAGGAGGAGGAGGAAGAGGAUGACGGGAAGUCGGAGAGCUACAGUUGGGAGAUGCAGAAUGGGGCAAGGGCAUCGUUAUCAUCUUGAGCACCAUUAAUUAAUGGUCUCCAGAUACAGCACAGCAGCACAGUGUCUGAAGAACUUAGGCAUAUUUCUGUACAGUGGUUGAGAGCUUUUUUGGGCGUUUUUUUUGGAGGAUGAGAUUAAGUACUGGAGUUAUCCAUGUGAGUAAUUUGAGUUGUUGUUGUAGAGCGUUUGAGGAUACG